AUGUCUGGGCGCGGCAAAGGUGGGAAGGGUCUGGGCAAAGGAGGCGCUAAGCGCCACCGCAAAGUCCUGCGCGACAAUAUUCAGGGUAUCACCAAGCCAGCCAUCCGACGCCUGGCACGGCGUGGAGGCGUUAAGCGCAUCUCAGGCCUUAUAUACGAGGAGACGCGCGGAGUUCUUAAGGUGUUUUUGGAGAAUGUGAUCCGUGAUGCAGUUACCUACACGGAACAUGCCAAACGCAAGACAGUCACGGCCAUGGACGUGGUUUACGCGCUCAAGCGCCAGGGUCGCACCCUCUAUGGCUUUGCAAUGGCACGGACAAAGCAGACAGCUCGCAAGUCCACCGGCGGCAAAGCGCCGCGCAAGCAGCUGGCCACCAAGGCGGCUCGCAAGAGUGCUCCGGCCACCGGUGGAGUCAAGAAGCCCCAUCGCUACCGCCCCGGCACCGUGGCUCUGCGCGAGAUCCGCCGCUACCAGAAGUCCACUGAGCUGCUAAUCCGGAAGCUACCUUUUCAGCGCUUGGUACGCGAGAUCGCACAGGACUUUAAGACCGACCUGCGCUUCCAGAGCUCGGCGGUGAUGGCGCUGCAAGAGGCUUGCGAGGCCUACCUGGUGGGGCUAUUUGAGGACACCAACCUGCGUUGUGUACGACUCGUCUUGCUCAUCAUGUCUGGCCGCGGCAAAGGCGGGAAGGGUCUUGGCAAAGGCGGCGCUAAGCGCCACCGCAAGGUGCUGCGUGACAACAUCCAGGGCAUCACCAAGCCGGCCAUCCGGCGCCUUGCUCGCCGCGGCGGCGUGAAGCGCAUCUCUGGCCUCAUCUACGAGGAGACCCGUGGGGUGCUGAAAGUCUUCCUGGAGAACGUGAUCCGGGACGCUGUGACCUACACGGAGCACGCCAAGCGCAAGACGGUCACCGCCAUGGAUGUGGUUUACGCGCUGAAGCGCCAGGGUCGCACCCUCUACGGUUUCGGCGGUUAAGCGUCCUAGUCUACCAAGAAAAGGCCCUUUUCAGGGCCCCC